CCAACGCAGGGAGAAGCCUUGCCAAGGCCCAGAAAACCAUGGCUUUCUUCGCCUGCAGUGUGCCUCUGUGCGUUCACGACUCUGCUCACUCUAAUUUGGCCUGCAGGGGACGCUUUUGUGUUCUCCACAAAAGCACCAUCAUCAACUAGACCAGUUCUACGAACUGCAACGUCAACAAGCACCGCACGUUGCGCCUCUAUGCAUGGCAGCACCGCCGUCUCGUCUACUGGCAGUGAGGUUGUCGGCGGCAGCAAGGAGGACCCAAUCGAGAUCCACGAUGACGACGACGUCGACGAUGAAGACGAAGAUGAUUUCGACGACGAGGAUGUUCACCCAUCGGUCUCCUGGCUCUAUCCUCCCAAGCCUUCCUCAACUACUGCUGUGAAGACAACGGACACCCGUAGCCAAGAGACGAAGACUAGGCCUUCAAGGAGGACGCUGUGUGUGGACUACGGAACCCGUCGUGUGGGGCUGGCCAUCGGUGUAGGGAUAUCCCCGCGUGCGGUGCCGGGCGUCACCAACGUCGGGAGCGACUUGGAAGUCGCUCGCCAGGUGCUCGUUCGAGCCCGCGGAGAAGGCAUCCGAGACAUCGUCGUGGGGUUGCCGCUCGAAAGGAACGGGACGGAGACCGAGAUGUGUGAAAUCGUGCGCGGCUUCGCCUCCGUUCUCGCCGACGUUGGCGCCGCGUCGCGGCCUACCGCCGGUGUCUUCCUGUGGGACGAGCGCUUCUCCUCCGCCCAGGCCGCGGCCAUGCUGGACCCCUAUGGGGGUGGGAUGAGCAGCAAGGUGGAGAUUGACUCCCUUGCGGCAAGCCUAAUCUUGAAACACUUCUUCGAGGAGGGGGGCACCAACAACGCCGAGAAGGUCAAGCCCUCAACGGGCGUAGUGACGGCGGAGGUUUGGCGGGCGGCGGGUAGAGACGGUGAAGAGGGCGAGGAGGACGAGAGCGAGGGGGAGAAGGGGGAAGACGCGUACGGCGAAGGGUCUAGGCGGAGGUUCCAAGAGAUGAGGGAGGAGUCUGCGAGAAGCGCGGCCGCAGGAGAAGACUCGGCUCGAAGAAGGGCAUGGCGUAAACGGCGAAGAAGAUGA